GCCUUCUUAAUUUCCUUGGGUGUAGCAUCACGAGAUAUGCCCAGUAACUUGUAAUAGUCUGCUGCAUGGGCCAAACAGGCCAACCACAGCUGUAGCACUGCUACUACCAGGACGGCUCCUCGGGUCAUUGGUUUGUUGGGUCUGUGCCGUACUAGUAUUGGAUCGUCUUGAGAAGUUCUGGCUGCUCUCUAUGUAGCCUGGUCCCAAAAUGCUGACUUUUCUGGAUGCUACACAAGAGACAACGACUGCGUUCGCGUUAAUGAUACAAUGCUGUGACAGCUGUGAAGGGUCGAAGGUUGGAUGCCUUUGUCUUUCUAUAGGUUUCUCAGCCAAUACUCGAUCUCUUGUGAAAAUUGUGUUGGCUUUCGAAGGAUCGUUGGGUUGAGUCACGAGAAUACUCGUGACUACGCCUCAGACGUCCAAAGAUUUUGGCACAAUGGCCGGCUGCUUUCGAAUGGGAAUAACCAACGGCGGCUAUUAGCUAGCUAGUACAAACGUGCAGCGCAAAUCCACAAUUGCUUCAAGCAAUCACAACUCAUAUUUUACUCAGCGGAGAACCGCAAUCGAUCGCUGUGUUAUCGCGCCGUUGGGUGUCGUUGUGUUUGGAGCAUUAUUUGAAUCGAAAAAAUGUCAGCAAGAGGAGGAAAAGCAUUUCGCCCAGGAAAAUUUUUGCGACCUCAGGAGUACUCUGACGAUGAGGACGACGAGGAUGAUGAGGACUCUGACGACGAGGAAUCCAAUUUGAAGCCCGCCAAAAAAGCCAGCGCCAAACUGUCUUCGUCGGAAGAUGAGGAUGAUGAAGAAGAGGAGGAGGAGGAAGAAGAAGAGCGGUCAUCCAAAAAGCGAAAGGCGUCUGGAUCGAGUGGCAAGGAGAAAAAGCGUCCCAAAGCCAGUUCUUUUUUCGAUGAAGAAGCGGAAGCGUCAGAAGAUGACGAGGAUGAGGAUGAUCCAUAUGGAACUCACCAUGACCCAGAUGACAUUGUAAAAAAACACUAUACGGAGGAAGAUAUUCAGAGAGAAAACAUGGACGAUGCUGCUAUGGAGCUUAUGCGACAACAAGAUAGGCGACGUGCCCAAGCGGGUAGAUUCGGAGAAACAGAGCUAUCAGUUGCGGAAAUGGCAGAAGAAAUUGAAAAUCGCCAUCGUAUGCAGAACAGAAGAGUUCCGAGAGCUGACUUUUUGGAACAGGGGAACAACGACGAUGCUGGCGUACCACAGUUUUCGCCAGCUGUGGCACAGCAGAGUUUGGUGCCGUCUGUGUCAGACCCUAGCCUUUGGAUGGUGUCGUGUGCCACCGGAAAAGAAAUGGAGCUGGUCUUUCAAAUCAUGAACAAAUGUGCUGCUUUCGCACGUCAGGGGAGGCCCCUCGGUAUCAGUGCCGCUGUGGCAGCACAGAGUAAGGGACGAAUCUACAUUGAAAGUUUCAGUGAACCAGCUGUUUUGGAGGCCAUCCAAGGAGUCAGAGGGCUCAUGCAAUACUCAAUGAGAUUGGUGCCAAUCGGAGACAUGACAACAGUCAUGGCGGUUGUAUCCAAGAAGAAAAUGGUCAAAAAGAAUGAUUGGGUGCGAAUGUGCCGUGGUCAUUACAAGGGCGAUCUGGCAUUGGUCCGGGCUGUCAGAGAGUCUGGACUCAAGGCCAUUGUCCAGUGUGUCCCUAGAUUGGACUUGUCCCUGGCUGAGAUGUCCCCAGAAGAAGCUCGUCGUCGACGAAGGACGCACAAACCGGCACAAAAGUUCUUCAAUGCACAAGAAGUGCAGGCACUCGGAAAGCAUACACUCAAGCGACAACGAUUCCCUGGUCUGGAUACCAGCUGUGACUACUUUGAGGGUAACUAUUACGACGGUGGAUACCUGGUCAAGGAAGUGACGGUGGGACAGAUGGUUAAACCGUGCACAGACGAAGACCCUCCAAGCUUGGAUGAACUGCAAAGCUUCAGGCGAAGAGACAAAAUGAAAUCAGUCGAUGAUGACAAAGAUGAAAACGAAGGGUCCAAAAUGGCGGCUUCAUUGUUGGAUGAAUUGUCAGACCUGCAGGGAAAGACCAGCCUAGGUUCAGGUGGAGCAAAAGGUGCUGGUCUCAUGAUUGGCGACACUGUCGAAGUAGUUGAAGGUGAUUUGGUCGGCAUGCGUGGUAAACUUGUCAGUCUGGAUGAAGCCGGCUCCACGGUGAAAGUGAAACCAAACAAUGCUGCGGAUCUCGAUUUGACACAGGAGGUCGAGUUUCUUGCAAAUCAAGUCAGGAAGUAUAUUCCUGUGGGUGCCCAUGUCAAGGUCACUGAUGGACGAUACUCAAAUGAAACUGGUGUUGUGGUGGCCAUAGAACAACUCGACAGUGAAACAGACUUCACGGCUGUCGUACUGACUGAUGUCACGAACAAAGAAAUUUCUGUGAGAACGUCCCAGUUACGUGAAUCAGCAGAGGUUGCUUCAGGGCAAGACAAGCUUCAGGGCUACGAGCUCUACGAUCUUGUCGUUCUGAGUGGUGGCGGUUCUGCGAAUGAGGUUGGGGUAAUUGUCCGAGUUGGACGUGAAGAUUUCACGGUGAUCAACAAUCAUGGUAUUCCACGAGAGGUUCGACCAGAAGAAUUGCGCGGAAAGCGUAAUUCCACUUCCAUGCGGGCUGUGGCUCUGGACGUCCAAGGAAAUCAGCUUCGCGUUGGUGACACAGUGAAUGUCGCCGAAGGACCCCACAAGGGCAAGUCAGCAACCAUCAAACGAAUGAGCAGGUCCCAGCUCUUUCUUUAUUCGCAAACUCGUUCGGAGCACGCUGGUAUUUUUGUUGUGCGCAGUCGUAGCUGUGUGCUUGCAGGGUCGAGAACGCAGAACCGUGGCGGCCCAGGUGAUGGUGGAAUGAGUCCCUUUGCAACCCCACAAUCUCAGAAUCGAGGCGGCCCCGCCAGCCGUGGAAAACGUGACGAUGGGUUGAUUGGAAAGACUGUUCGUAUCCAGGCAGGACAAUGGAAAGGAUAUUUGGGAACAGUUUGUGAUGCAACAGCGACACAUGUCCAAGUUGAGUUGCACUCCCGCUUGAAAAAGGUGAUGGUUUUGCGAGAACGUGUUGCUGUGGCCGGAGAUAAAUUUGGAGCCACUGAGGAUCAAAACCGCGACAUUCCCGCCGUUGCCAAUAUCAUGGCUCCAACAACUCCCUUUGUUGCUGGUGGCGCUACUCCCAUGCAUGGAGGAGCCACCCCACUGCAUGGUGGAGCAACGCCUGCCCACGAUGGAGGUGGGGACGAUGUAUGGAGACCCGGAGGUGGCGUUGAUCGCGACAACGAAGAAGAGAACGGCACAUCGAAUGAUGAUGGGUGGGGAACUUCGAACAACGAUGACAACGACGAUGGAUGGGGGUCGAAUGCCAAUUCCAAUUCAGGCUGGGGUUCGACCGAAAAGCAAGACGACAACGAGCAAUCGAAGCCGGCAAGUGCGUCUGUUGCCAUUAAGCGUGAUGAGACAAGUGAAAUGGAGGACGGCGACGCCAACGAAACACCAGUCUGGUUCAUGGAGCGUGUUUGUGUGCAGCUGAAGAACGGUGAUUCCACCGCAGUCAUCAAAGAGGUGUCGUCAGACAAUACGGCAAUGGUUGUGUUGGCGGAUAAGUCAACGAAGACUGUUCGGGUUGGAGAAGUAUCGAUGAUCCCGCCAAAGGAGCACGACAUGGUUCUUGUCACAGGCGGAGCUGAUGUUGGUGUGGAAGGUGAAUUAGUCUGUAUUGAUGGUACCGAUGCAAUUCUGAAGGACUCCAACGAAGACUUCAAGAUUGUAGACUUUGUGUGCCUUGCAAAGAUCGAUGCCGACAGCUAGCUGUCUUGCGCAAGCAUACCAUACGGAGGCGAAUGUAUAAGGCUGGUAUAAAAAUUCGUAAUCAGAGAGCUAUUGUCUAAUUCGUUAGACAGUGCUACGUGCUCAAGGGCAAACAAGUCGUGCCGC